AUGGAUGGCCCUCGAUCUAGCGGCCUCCGCAAGAAGAGGAAGUCAAGGUCAGUGAGGGAUCGGGACAGGAGAUCAAAUGGGAUACGGAACAACCACGUCAAGGGCUCCGUCUUUCGCUUCUCCUCUGACUCAGAGCGGGAGGGCGACAGGGAGCCCUCUUCAUCCCGCCCUCGACCCCCUAGAAGAAAGCGAAAGGAGUCUACUUCUGCUGAAGAGGACAUCAUCGAUGGCUUUUCCAUCACUGGAUUUGUCACCUUGGAGGCUCUGGAGAAGAACCUGACACUGAAGCCCCAGGAGUGCAGAGACAACCAGGCGGGGCCCCUGCAUAAGAAAAAGGCCGCCAGGGUCCCCAACGGCUUGAGCCUGGAGCCCUGCAAGAACAAUCACCACCACCAACAGCCUUCAGACCAGGAGAACAACCCCCGGCUGGCACACACACAAGGCAAGAGGAAGAAGAAACACCCGAACAAGAGACACACAAUGGCGCUGUAG